GCCAAUUGCAACGAACGCGCGUUGUUUUAUAAAAACAAAUUCAUUAUUUAACGAACUUAGCAAGAGAUUAAACGUUUAUUUGUAGUGUUCAGUGUUGUGUAAUGUUUAAAAUGCGUUCCUAUUUCAACGAACUAUGAAGGAAAAAAAUAUAAUUUCCUGUUACUAAAAGUGAAUAAUUCGAAACAGUAUCGUUCUAUCCAUAAUAUAUACAAUGUUUUCUAAAAAUCAAUGUGCGUGAGUGUUAAAUCGUCAGUUAAUGGUGUUUCUCAAUUUUCGCGUUUAUCUCCCAGUAAUGGAAUUUCCAUGAAAACUAACUUUGCUUGUCGAUCGUCAGGCGAACAUGAAUUAUUUAUUUAUGUUUAAAAGUAACACUGUUCUGCUUUAACUACCUAUCUAUAUAAUAGUAUUUAGCAACAUGACCGUAAAACAGUUUUCGUUCAGUUUCAAAUACAGAAAGACGUCUGUGUAGAUCUGACAAAGUGUUGAACAAUUUUGGUGAAAAAUCGUCACAAUGUCAGAUAAAGAGAACAAAAUGGAUAAAUUGAAGUGCCGUUGGAUCAAAAUACAAGGCAAGAUCUCAGACCGCAUGGACGAUAUUCAUGAUCAAAUGCAAAGCAAGAUCGAACGAUCGAAAAUAUCGCGAUUUUUAAGCCACCUAUCAUCAGAAGAAAGAAGUUCCAUUGACGAUAAUUCUGCCGAAGAUGAAACGAAACCCUCGAAUGAAUCGGCAGAUAACAUUCCUGCAGUGUUUAGGAGUAGGAUACCGUCAGUAGUCAUCGACGAGCCGAUUGACAUUCAAGAUCCUAAAGAAGUGUGCAAAGAUUUCAUUCACAUUGAGCGAGAUAACAUUUGGUACAAACGCAGGAGUCUCUCAGCAACUGACCUUGCCUACGACAAUGACACAAGUUGUUACAGCUCCAGUGAUUCGUGCUUCUCGUGUUUAUCUUCCAGUGAUGAAAGACCUCCAGAAAUUCGACCGAGGGCUGGUAGUCUCCCGCCUGGUACGCGGCUGGACAUUCCCUCUGCUAUCAACACGUGUUCUGAUCUCAUUGAGAGAAUCGGCAAUCACUUCCCAUCACUUAAAGACAAAAAGGACAGAAUUCACAGGUAUCUUCUAAAGAAUACGAGACUGAGUGACGUCAACAAACGGCUGAAGGCACAAAUCUGGAGCUCUGUGGUGACCAUAGUGCUGGUGGAAGCCAAGAAUCUCCCCCCAAUGGACUUGGAUACUAGGUCUAGUGACCCUUAUUGUAAGUUUAGGUUAGGUAACGAGAAAUACAAAAGCAAAGUGGUGUGGAAAUCUCUUCACCCGUCGUGGUUGGAGCAAUUUGAUUUACAUUUAUACGACGACCAGGAGCAAAUACUCGAAGUGACCGUGUGGGACAAAGACAAACAGACCAAAGAUGAUUUUUUAGGAAAAUGUACAAUAGACUUAUCGACGUUAGAAAGGGAAAAAACGCAUAGUAUAUGGAAAGAUCUAGAAGACGGGAAUGGUCAAAUAUUCUUAUUGUUGACCAUCAGUGGCACCACUCAAUCAGAAACCAUAACAGACUUGACGAGUUAUAAAGAAAACCCCAAGGACAGAGAAAUUAUUGAAAGGAGAUAUACGUGGUACAGAUUAAACGAGACGUCGAGUGGUGUCGGCUGGUUGUGUGUGAAAGUGUAUGGUGCUAAGGGUCUUGCGGCUGCUGAUUUGGGGGGCAAAUCGGACCCUUUCUGCGUGCUGGAGCUAGGAAACGCGAGGCUACAGACCCACACGGAGUAUAAGACCCUAACGCCGAAUUGGAUGAAAAUAUUUACUUUCACAGUAAAAGAUAUAAGUUCGACACUAGAUAUAACGGUAUACGACGAAGACCACGACCACAAAGUGGAAUUCUUAGGAAAGUUAGCGGUGCCACUGCUAAGCAUAAGGAAUGGAGAGAAACGGUGGUAUGCAUUGAAGGACAAGAAGAUGCGGGCAAGAGCGAAGGGAAACUUCCCGCAGAUCCUGUUGGAGAUGACUGUUAUUUGGAAUCCGUUAAAAGGGGCGAUCAGGGUUAUAAACCCAAAGGAACCUAAAUAUAUGCACCAAGAAGCUAAGUUUAAGAGGCAACUAUUUAUAAGGAACGUGAUGAGACUAAAAGCAAUAAUAAUGUGGUUUAUAGAAGUUGGAAAAAUAUUGCAAGACUGUUUUGAGUGGGAGUCUCGGAUACGAUCAUUUCUCGGUCUUCUAGCGUGGCUCGCAUUCUGCUACUAUUAUCAAAUGUGGAUGCUGCCUUUCCUACUUCUAAUCUUCUUUGCGAGAAACUGGCUCGUCUACAGACUUACAGGAGGAAAUCCUUUGUUAAUACCAGUGGAUGACGAAGAUCUUUUAGCUGAGGAAGACGAUGAAGACGAGGCCGACAAGGAAGAAAAGAAAUCGUUGAAGGAGAGACUACAAGCAAUACAAGAAGUGACACAGACUGUUCAAAAUGCGAUAGGUUACGUCGCUUCGCUAGGGGAAGCUGUUAAAAACCUAAUGAAUUUCACGGUGCCGUAUUUGAGCUAUUUAGCAAUUAUUAUGCUGGUAGGGGCAAUGUUGGUGUUGUACGUGAUUCCAUUGAGAUAUUUGCUUAUGGCUUGGGGAAUAAACAAGUUCACAAGGAAAAUUCUUCGACCGCACACGAUACCGAACAAUGAAGUGUUAGAUUUACUAUCAAGGGUGCCUGAUGACGAAACACUUUUGGACUGCAGAGAGCUUAAACCUCAGCCGCCUACAGAUCGAAGGGAUGCGCGCAAGAAACACAAGGCCGCGUAACACAUCUCAACCAAGAUCCGAGAACGGAUCAAACAAUGUGUGAGACAUGAUAGUUUUAGGCGUUAAAACAUUUUGUUGGUAUUCGAUUUUUUUGGUUUCUAACAAGAUGCUAUCCUUAUUCUUUGUGCAUGGCUCAAAAUUAAAUACCAUUGCGUUAUAUUAAAAAAAAAAAUUGGUAAAAUUUAAAAAAUCUGUUGGUAUACUUAGAUGCAUCAUGCAGAAAAAAAACUAUUUUUAUUAUGGUUUUAUUACUGUUUUGGAUUGUGUAUUAUUUUAGCAGCGAAAAAUAAAGCUGUGGGUUCUUGAACCGAUAUCAGUGAGAGAGAUACCCCAAAAUAAACUUAGGUAUUCCUUAUAUCAUAACUAUGAUUUAUGACCAUAGAGAUAAAGAAUGGACUUUGCAUUCCUAUUCAAAUGUCAAGUGAAUAUUGGCAGCAAGGUGUGAGAGAGAUAAAUACAUCGUGCGGCCAAUUAUAAUUGUCUCUAGAAGUGAUUGAUUCAUGUAGUUAUUACUCAAUUAAUUCUUUAUGUGUUAUGACAAAGAAAUCAAAUAAAUCUAAUACAAAAAUUUGAAACACACUGUCAUCAUGAAUAGCAUUUGUUUGUAAAUACUCGUGAUCAUUGUUGUAAAUCGUUUUUCAAGUUAACGACAUAAUAUCUGUGAUUUUCUUCGGAGAUGGAUGUUAAUCGUCUAAUAUAAGUUGUCAGUUUCGUUAAUAUUUGAUGGCGUGUUCGGAUAGUUGAUCCGAUAGUGUAGAGGUAGCGAUAUAUUUUUUUUUAAUUUAUUCUUGUUCAUGGAUACCAGUCCUUCAGACGCAAACAUAAAUUAAAGGGGGAGCGUUAAGUGUGUAUAGUGUGACGCACUCAUAAUUAACUUUGUUACAAAAAUACCUACGUGGUUUAGAACAACGUAUCUUUUGCAUUGUAUUAUAAACGUAUUAGAAUGACAGCAAAAUUUACAUCAUUUUGUCGCAGUUAAACUGUGACAAACAAUUCAAGAUGGCGGCUCUCCUCGUUGACAACUUCUUUCAUCGUUGUUCCGAUUUUGACAUAUUAUUAAUGUUGCCAACUGCCAACUUGUUUUCGACAACUUCAACAAGAUAUUUAUUUUAAAGUGGUAAUAAAAAUGACACCAAAUACAUAGCCUUAGAUAAGCAAACGGUUAAUAGUUAUUGUUGACCAGAAUAAUUUAAGUUAAUUAUUAAUUCUUCCAAUAAUUUCAAUGUUAGCUUAGAGCGUGCUAGAUGAGUCCAAAGGAUUAUUUAUAAGGCAAAAUACAAUGACAAUUAAUUUUAUAAUUGAAGUAUUUAUAUUAAUAUUUAAAUACUAACCCCCUUAUUCAUAAACGCUAUUUAUCUAAGGACGGAGCAUUGCUGUGAUAUGAUAACAAGUCUUUUCUCAGUGCUGAUGGCAUGGCAGCCUUCGCAGUGCGUAGACAUAGGGCCGUUGUGAUUGGCUAAUAUUGAGAUACAACUUGAAUCUAGUUGGCUGUCAGAUAAAUAAAGCUGAGAAACAGACUUGUUAUCACAGCAGUGCUCCAUCCUUACAUAAAUAACGUUUAUAAAUACGGGCGUAAAUGUACACAGUACUUGAAUAUUGCCAAAUUAAGUCCAACCAAUUAGAGUUUGAAAUUUUCGCUCGCCAAGCGCAUUUAAAAGUAAAUCUCUUAAACGAGUAUUUAAGCUGUUUGCUUCGCAAUGUUGUGUGGCCGUACAGUCCCAAGGAUGUAAUUAUUUUAACUCCCUAUGAAAAUUGCAUUUCGUUGUGUGUAUUUAACAAGACCGUAUUAAAGGUAUGUUGCACUACUUCUGAAUAAAUGGUACGCGUUGCAUAAAUGUAUAAGCUGACGACAUAUAAAAGUCAGACUAAUAUGUGCUCCCAAUUGUUAUAUCAACGGUCCCCAUGAACAAAAUCUCAUCAGCAAAAUGUCUAGUUGUAGUAUAAAGGUUUUCAGUUAAGGUUAUAGCUUAAGGUCCAUUUUUCAUACAUUUUGUUUCACCUUUAAUCUGGGUAACUAAACAAGUAUUGACAAGUAAAGAAUUUAAAUUCACGUCUAGUUAGUGAUUAGUUCUUGCAGUUGAAAGAAAAACGUAAAAAUAAUUAAUAUGCAUGCAUAUUUCGGCCUUUAAAAUUUCGUCGUAUUAAAUUGUUACAAAACUAUUGAUUGUUAUUAAAAAUUAAAUUGUUAACAAAAAAUAAUUUAAUUUCUAUUUUGAGGUAAUUGAUAUUUAUAUUUAUAUCUAGCUAAAAACCUUCAUACUUCAACUAGACAUUUUGACGAUGAGAUUUUGUUCUUGGGGACCGUCGACAUAUUAUAGCCGUUAAAACAAUAUAAAAGAUAGCAUAAAAUAUUAUACUUAACUACAAAAUGGGUUGUAAAAUUAAUUGUCAUAUAUAGAUAAAUUUAUUAUGACAUCUUUAAAAUUUUGAAAUGUUUAUUCAAGUAGGUAGAUCCUAGCCUAAUGAACAAGAUAAUUUUUAAAUGUACGAUUUAUGAAAACUUUUACGAAGUCAACAUAGAAUCGUCGCAUUUAUGCAUGUAUAAAAUCCAAUAGGUGUGUAAUAUAUAAAACAGUAGAUAGGAUUUUUCAAUACGCCAUUUUUGUAAAUGAAUAAAGUUAAGUUUUUUGUUAUGUUUGAGUCGGUAUAGAUAUUUGAGUGUUAGCAAAUGUUAUAACCAAUAGCCGUCAUUCCACAUCACAAUAUAAUCGGGAAUAUUUAACGAAGUGAUGUAGCGAAUGUAUAAUAUGGAUGUUAAUGCAGGUGUAUUUUAAGUCGUUAUUCGAAUAGCGAGUAGCUAUGUUGACUAUAGUAUAACAUCUUAUUCUAAUCGAUCCAUCUAUUUUUUUAUAAGGACACAGCGAAGUAACCUCACUGCUCUUGAUGGUAAGUUAAGUGGGGUCCAAUGGAACGUUGACUGACGAGAGAUGAUUACCCCUCGGCAGUCGACACAAUUAUGGCGGCCAGUUGGUACCGGAUAUACACAGGCUGAUCCCGGAACGCGAGACACUUACGCGGGCCAUUAUGGCGGGUAUUAACACAUGUACCACCGGACGGAUACAAAAUAUAUCCUACCACCAGCCAAAUAUAAAUAUUAUUACUUGAGAACCUUCGCAACCAUCAAUUUUAUUUAUAAGAAAUAUGUAUUCUGUAAUAUAUGAGUCUGCAUUAUCGUUACAUCACUUUACGUGCAUUAUCUUUAAGACUGAGAGACCAAUCUCACAGAUUAAUCCAAAUUAGAUAGAUGAAAAAUGUUUAUACUUUCAAACUAUAUUAAUUAUCUACUAAGAUCUGUUUAGACUAGCUAUGCUCUCCAGUGACGUAUUUGGCAAGGAACAAUUGGGGGCAGUGUUCCAAACAUAAUACCUAUGCUCUUGCGUAGAAAGAAAUGAAACUAUGCAUUAAAAUAGGCAUUUUGUUAUAUAAAGUGAAAUGUUAUAAUAUUUUUUUGGAAAGUAAUCAUAUAAGGAACCUGGAGUUGUAUGCGGCCUACGUCACUGAUUCUCUCAUUCCAGUUUGUAAAACUAAAUACAUAUAAGAAUAGUAAAUUUUUCUGAAUUUCCCACCACGUUAUACAAUGAUGCUAAAAUCAUGACAAAACGGCCUCUUCUUAACUUGAUUUUAUAGAGUUAAAAGAAAUCAUUUUUCAUUGUACUAUUUGUUUUAUUUUUCUUCAUCAUUCAAUGCUUUUCCAAGGAUAAUCUAAUGACUAUAAGUGUAUAGACAUUUUCUUAUUAUACACAUAAUUAUGGAAUGUAAGAGUUCAAGAUAUACUUAAUUUCAACAUAAAAAUAAUCGUAGUUAUUGUUUUUAUCAAAUUUACUUAUUUAGGAUUUCCGAUAUGAUCUUUAACUAUUAUUAGAUGUAUUUGUUAUCUCACGAAACAUUUUUAUAUUUUUUGUACCACAAUAAAACUUUUAUAAUAAAUUUCUUCGAAUCUAAGAUUUAGAAAUUAUGAGAGCACAUUAUUAUAUUUUGUCUCGAAUUUCUAGGUUAUUUUUAUUCUCACUAAUAGAUUCUUGACACAGUCUAUUUAGCUACCACUAUUUUCGAAGAUCUAUAAUCUUGUUGAAUUUUAUUAAUAUCUAGUCAUUCGCUUUUUAUUAAAAUAAAACAUGUUCCUCUAAUAUAUCGUAGAAUGCCCGUCCCAAAUUAUUUUUUUUCUUCGUGUAUUUUGUAUUAUAUCCACCAAUGUGAUGCACGCAGAAGAAAUAUUUUUGUGAACUUGAAAAGUAGCCAAACUGAAACGAAUAUUUUUGAAAUUACGAUGUAUAUUAGUUUAGCCAUAACAUAAUGCUACAAAUUGUAUUUUUGUCAGCGGAUACCCUAAACAGAGCCUGGAGUUCGGACCUGCAUUAUUUCGAACCUAACUUUUAUUGCACAGCAAACACCAUUGUAUCUUAUCUACCUUAAAUCACAAAUGCACAAAAUAAUUAGAUAUAAAAUAUUGGGUGCUAAAAUUGUUUAAUUCGGUACCUAAUGUAACAUGUUGCAUUAUAAAGUGUGAGUUGCUAAAAGCGCGUAUCAAUUAUUGUUAAUUGCUUGAGUUGCAUGAAUUACAAUUUGACAUAAUUCCAGACCAUUUCAACAAAUAAAGUAUUAUGUUUAUAAGCACAAAGACGAUGUUAACGCUUUACAUAUUUUAAAAAGAUUAAAUGAUAAUUAAAAUCGA